AUGCCUACGGCCUUUCAAUCGGCAGUCGUAACCUCUUCCGCUUCGGCUACCGGUGCAGCGACAACAACCUUCAUCCCCAUCAUAGUUAAUGCGGCGACGUCUUCGAUAGAUGCUGUGGUAGAGAGCGAGGUCCCAGCUGCGACGGUUCCGAGCAGCGUCCCUCCGGGAGUGGAUCUUGGGCCACUGUUGAACUUUACGACGUGGCUAAUGACGGGACUCGCGUUUGCCAUUCUCAUGCUUAGAAUAUACUGCAAAGCCUCGAGGAAGAGGCGGCUCUGGUGGGAUGAUUAUGUCCUUUCACUGGCUUGGAUAUGUCUCGCAGUAGCCGGGACGAUGACUACGGUGUCCGUGAACUUCGGAUACGGGCGUCACCUCGAUGCAAUCGCGAAGGAGGACUUGGACAGAAUGCCCACCAUUGCCAACGCAGCUGGCUUCACCUCCGUGCUCGCGGCAAUGUGGAGCAAGACAUCUUUCGCGCUGACCCUGGCGCGCAUCUCGGAAGGGUGGAUCUUCCGCUUGACUUGGAUAAUCAUCGUUUCGAUAAAUCUCAUUAUGGGGUCCAGCGCAAUAAUGGUGUGGAUCGAUAUGGACAAUGACACGAAGAUCAACUACUUUAUCUUUACAACCGCUUAUUCGGGCGCAAUGGAUGUUCUUCUGUCAAUGCUCCCGUGGAAGAUCAUUUGGCAUCUCCGGAUGACCAAGAAGGAGAAGAUAGGAGUGCUUGUUGCUAUGAGUAUGGGCGUAUUUGCUGGAGCCACCUCGUUCAUAAAAGUUAGCAGAGUGCCGACUAUCAAUUCUCCUGAUCCAAUCGACAGUGUCCAACUCGUCAUCUUUGGCAUCGCCGAGAGCGCCACAACCAUUAUCGCGGCAUCAAUACCCGUCCUCCGAGCCCUCAUCCAUGAGGGCAAGUCUCAGCGCCCCAAACAUCAAGCGCCUAUCGAGCUGGACUCAAUUAGCUCGAAAGUGCCCCUGAGGAGAGCUGGUAGCGUGGCGACGGACUACUCGAUCCAGGACGAUGUUACCCACUACAAUGUUCCGGUCCGAAUCGACUCGCGAUGA